AUGAUUCAAGAUUUGGAAAAAAAUAUUGAAAAACAAUAUCAUUAUGCAAAAAAUCUUGGGACUUUGAUCUUUAUAGAAUCAACUUUUGAAGAAGUACAGGAUGGUAAUAUUGGCUUUCAACUACGUUGUGCACCACUUCUUGAAAAGAAAAAAAAUGUUAAGAUACUUGAUCAAAAUUUACCUGUCAAUCCAUUUGAUCCUCCAGAAGCAUCACUUUAUGUUCAAGAUAUUGGUAGUGAUUAUUCUAUUAUUUUGAAUAAGUAUUCUAUUGUUCCUAAACAUUAUUUACUCAUAACAAAAGAAUUUAAAGAACAAAAAGACGGUUUAACUCCAAACGACAUUACUGUAACUUGGGAAUGUUUAGAUUCUAUGAAGGAUAAAUAUAUAGCAUUUUAUAAUUGUGGGGCUCAAUCGGGUGCAAGUCAGCCUCAUAAACAUGUUCAGUUUAUAUCACUUAAAGAGAGCAAUAUUUCAACAUUGUAUCCAGAUGAAGUGCCUAUAAAUGCUACAAAUGUAAGCACGCCAUGGUCUCAUCCAAAGAUUCCUUUUAUUCAUUAUAUCUUUAGAAUUACUUCAUGUUUACCUAUAGAUCUUAUUAACAUGUUUUCCAAGUUGUUGUCACUCAUUAUGGAAACAGGUCAAGCCCUUGAAAUGACAGAAAUUAGCUACAACUUUGUAAUGACGAAAGAAUGGAUGUUUAUAGCUCCUCGUAUCAUGGAGUCUUGGAAUUAUAUAAGUGUCAAUAGCACAGGUAUGAUCGGAAUGUUUUUAGUGAAAUCGGAAGAAGAAUCAAACAUGGUUAAAGAUAUUGGUGUUUUGAAAAUUUUAAAGCAAUUAGGAAUAAGCAGAAACGUAGAAUGA